GACAAAUGUUUUGUCUGGCCCUCGUGGCAAAGGCGUUAGUCGACAUCAGCUUGUGACGUUUAGCUGCAACUGGAUGAUGAUCACUGAACAACCUGGCAGGCGGCUUGAUGUACAUGAUUCAUUAAUAUCUUACGUUUUAUGCAAAUCCAUUGACGGCGUCUUGUUUAGCCCAUAGGUCACAAGUGGAUGAUGUCACCAGAUUUGUGUCAAAAGCAAAUCUUUGAACCUUUCCUGAUGCCUGCGACGAGCUUGGAUCUCUGACUGCCUUGAACGCACAAAUCCCUGUAAACAGAAAUGGUGUAAAAACAUGUUUUUCCUGCAGAAGGAGCUGCCGUGGGUCCCUGCUGAGAAGCAGAGGAUUCUGGGGAGAUGUUUACUUUGUUCGUUUCCCUCCCGUAUCUGUACUAUUGUGUGCUCAGUUAUUUUGGAGCAGCUUUGUAAUCGUGUACAACGAAAGUAUGAAGCUUUUCAUUCAAACCAAAGACUCAACUCAGACUUUGUGUGUAAGUGUUAUAUAAGAAUAGAAAUAUAUUACAAGGAGAAAUUCCUGUACUUGACAUGUUGGAGUAAAUAUAUUAAUCCUUUGUUUUUCAUAUUGACAGUGAAGCCUCCAUUUAGGUGAGUUCGUGAGGAAAUGUAGUGCUGCAACUGGAGCUCCUUUAAAUAAUCUUUAUAAAACUAGACUGGAAACCAGAUUCAAUUCCAACUAGACAACAUACUGUAAAGUGAGAGUGGAAAUAGCGGAGGGUGGGGUCGCUGGUACGGCUCAAUAGAUUAAUCAUGCAUGCCUGCUCUUCUUGGCCACCAGUUAGAACCCAGCGGAGCCUCUCGGCGCGUCCUCACAGCGAUGGGUCCCCGUGGAGGAUGGAUGCUCUGGACGCUGUGCCUGUGCUUCAGCAGUCGGCAGAACGCCGCGCUCAGAGUGGCCAUGAGGGAGUCCAGUCUGGAGGUGGUCCGGGGGGAUGUGGUCGUCCUGCCCUGCUCCUUCUUCACCUCCAGCCUGCUCACCAGACUCAACGUUAUCUGGACGCUGGCUCCUUCCUCCAGUCCACAAACACCCAUUCAGGUGAUCGUUUAUGACCACGGGCAGGUGAUUGAAGACCCCUCCCUCAUCGGCAGGGUGGGCUUCACAGGUAUUCCCUGGAGCGCAGACAUCGUCCUGAACGACACGCGCGUGUCAGACGCUGGGGUUUACCGCUGCAUGGUCAACAACCCCCCCGAGGCAGCAGAUCCGGGGAUAGGAGAGGUGGCCCUCAGCGUCCUGGCACCACCUUCGCUGCCCGCGUGCCAGUGGGACGGAGACACCGACAGCGGGGGCAGUGUCACGCUGUCCUGCGGCGUGGCAGAGGGCGUUCCGACCCCAGAGAUCCGCUGGGAUAAGCUGAAUCCAGAGGAGAUAUCGCUCCCCAUCAACAUGGAGGACGAACGGUCGGGCUCGGUCCAAAUUGUCAACGUCUCCUCUCAGACGUCCGGCCUGUACCGCUGCUCUGCCACCAACACGCUGGGAACUGAGAACUGCUACAUCAACCUGUCCAUUUACAGCUCUCCGGACAGUUCCUCGGGGAUGCUGCAGGGGGUGCUGCUCACCCUGUCCAUGAGCCUGGUGUUGCUGGCGCUGAUGGCGCUUCUGUUGUGGCUGCAUCGCACGGGACAGACCAGGAGGUGGAGGGAGGGGAAGGAGGAGGAGGAGUGUUACAACGAGAUACGCUACACGGCGGCGCUGAUGAAGCGGUCGUUCGUUUGAGCUCUCAAAAAUCAUCCACAAGUAAAAGCAGCACAAACAAACUUCAAAAGACUGUUUCACCUGAUGAUUUAUAAUGAAUGGAUUUUUACCAUGUAGCCUCUGCUCCUUAAACUCUACAGUCGCACUGUUAAAGCAUCAUGGAUUCCGAAAUUAAAAGCUGAGUGAGAGGGUUGGA